UACAGACUUCUGUUUCGGAGCCGAGAGGAACGCACCGGCUUUGAGCAGGAGAGAAACCAGAAGCACCUGCGGAAGCGCUUCCCUCCAGAGUGACAACUUUUUUCCCUCCUCAUGUGAGACUGAUCAGUAGGCUACUUCCACCUCUCUUCUGAAGUUUUAGUUUGAUUUUUUUUUUUUUUAAGUGCUUGUCAGUGAUCACUUAAAGUCGCCUAGAAUGUAUAACAUGAUGGAAACCGAGAUCAAGACCCCGCUCCCGCAGUCCAACUCGGGCUCUGCGCCGGGCGCCAAGAACAACAGUGCCAACGACCAGGAGCGGGUGAAGCGGCCGAUGAACGCCUUCAUGGUCUGGUCCCGGGGCCAGCGGAGAAAAAUGGCACAAGAAAACCCCAAAAUGCACAACUCUGAAAUCAGCAAGCGGCUCGGCGCUGACUGGAAACUCCUGACAGACGCAGAGAAGAGACCAUUCAUCGACGAGGCCAAGCGUCUACGGGCCAUGCACAUGAAGGAGCAUCCGGAUUAUAAAUACCGUCCCCGCAGGAAGACCAAGACUUUGCUGAAGAAAGACAAGUACUCUUUGCCGGGGGGGCUGUUGGCGCCGGGAGCCAACUCCGUGAACAGCUCGGUGUCCGUGGGGCAGCGCAUGGACGGUUACGCACACGUGAACGGCUGGACGAACAGCGCGUACUCGCUGAUGCAGGACCAGCUGGCCUACCCGCAGCACCACGGCAUGAACAGCCCGCAGAUCCAGCAGAUGCACCGGUACGAGAUGGCGGGGCUCCAGUACCCGAUGAUGUCCACGGCGCAGAGCUACAUGAACGCGGCGUCCACCUACAGCAUGUCUCCGGCGUACACGCAGCAGAGCGGCGGCGCGAUGGGGCUGAGCUCCAUGGCGUCCGUGUGCAAGACCGAGCCCAGCUCGCCGCCGCCGGCCAUCACGUCCCACUCUCAGCGGGCGUGUUUGGGGGACCUGAGGGACAUGAUCAGCAUGUACCUGCCUCCCGGCGGGGACAGCUCCGAGCACUCCUCCCUGCAGAGCAGCCGGUUACACAGCGUCCAUCCGCACUACCAGAGCGCAGGGACGGGCGUGAACGGCACGCUGCCUCUCACUCACAUCUGAGGCGAGAAAUACAACAUCAAAUAAAAAAAAGACUAAAGACUUCUUUUUUUUUUAAAAGGGUACUUCGGAUACUUGAACUUUUUGGUUGUUAAGAAAAUACAAAAAAAGUUUUAUUCCUUUUUUUUGUCUUAAAAGUUUAUGAUAAAAAGCAGAGGCUUUUUUAUCAUAAAGCCUGAAUUAUGGUUCCGCGUUAAAUCGACGCGUACCUUACGCCGUGGCCUACGCCGUACCCUACCGCGUCAAUUUAAGGUGGAACUAUAAUUCAGCCUUUAAGUAGAAGCAAUCAACUUAUGUAGAAGAAUUGAACUUCUAUAUUUUAAAUAAUGCCAUAUUUUCUCUCUAUGAAAAGGCAUGUGGCCUCGUGAAGGGGCUGGUGUAUUUCAGAAAAAGCUGGAUGGACAGUUGUUUAUAAAUGUUUACACUUACUUUGUAGAAUGUCAGUUGUCUCCAUCGUGUCCAUAUUUUGUUGUCUUCUUAUCUUUUUUGUUUUCUCCCCAUGAACUAGAUGAAAUGAAAUGUUGAGACUGUGCGGGUCGCAAACGCAAGUUUUAUUUAUAGCAACAUUUUUGUUUUUGUUUUCCUUUUCAGCUUGUGAACCCGAUGUUUUCUCACGUAAAAAAAUGUUCAAAUUUGUCUUUUUGUAAAUUGUUUUGUGAUGGUUUUUUGACAGUGUCACGUUUACUCAUUAUCCUGAACGAAAAGGUUUAUUUAAACUGACGUUUCUACAUAUUUUAAGACCAUCCUCUAUUCUUAAAUGCUGAAUAAAUUUCUAAGAAACAUCA